GAGAUACCUUUUGGUUUUGUGCCUUUUUUUUUCUUCAUCUUUACCCUUUCUGACAACGAUGCUUGUAUUUGCCUUCCAGACCAGAAAUCUCACUGUAGAUGGGAGCUUUGGCCCAUGGUCUCCGUGGACACCCUGUACACACACCGAUGGCACUGCUGUGGGCUCCUGCCUCUGCCGAUCCCGGUCCUGUGACAGCCCAGCUCCUCAAUGUGGUGGCUGGCAGUGUGAGGGCCCUAGAAUGGAGAUCACCAACUGUUCCAGGAAUGGAGGCUGGACUCCCUGGACCUCCUGGUCUCCCUGCAGCACGACCUGUGGCAUCGGCUUCCAGGUGCGGCAGCGCUCCUGCAGCAACCCCACACCCAGGCAUGGAGGGCGUGUGUGCGUAGGCCAGAACAGGGAGGAAAGAUACUGCAAUGAACAUUUGCUCUGCCCACCACACGUGUUCUGGACGGGCUGGGGACCUUGGGAACGGUGCACUGCCCAGUGCGGGGGUGGCAUUCAAGCACGCCGUAGGACCUGUGAAAAUGGGCCUGACUGUGCAGGAUGCAAUGUGGAAUACCAGCCUUGUAACACCAACGCGUGCCCGGAGCUGAAGAAGACGACCCCCUGGACCCCCUGGACACCUGUCAACAUCUCAGACAAUGGAGGUCACUAUGAGCAGCGAUUCCGCUACACCUGUAAAGCCCGCCUGCCAGAUCCAAAUUUGCUGGAAGUAGGAAGGCAGAGGAUAGAAAUGCGGUACUGUUCCAGCGAUGGAACCAGCGGCUGCUCCACAGACGGACUUUCCGGAGACUUCCUUAGAGCUGGGAGAUACUCUGCCCAUACGGUCAAUGGGGCGUGGUCACCCUGGACUGCCUGGUCACAGUGCAGCAGAGACUGCAGCAGGGGCAUUCGGAACCGGAAGCGUGUUUGCAACAACCCAGAACCCAAGUAUGGGGGCAUGCCAUGCCUUGGCCCAUCGCUGGAGUUCCAGGAAUGCAACAUUUUACCCUGUCCAGUGGAUGGUGUGUGGUCUUGCUGGUCAUCUUGGUCUAAAUGCUCAGCCACCUGUGGGGGCGGCCACUACAUGAGAACCCGUUCUUGUUCGAAUCCAGCCCCAGCCUAUGGAGGGGACAUCUGCCUGGGACUGCACACAGAGGAGGCGCUUUGCAACACACAGACCUGCCCAGAAAGCUGGUCACAGUGGUCAGACUGGUCUGUAUGUGAUGCAUCUGGUACCCAGGUCCGUGCUCGGCAGUGCAUCCUUCUGUUUCCAGUGGGCAGCCAAUGUUCUGGAAAUACUACAGAGAGCCGGCCUUGUGUAUUUGACUCUAAUUUCAUCCCAGAAGUGUCUGUGGCAAGAUCCAGCAGCGUAGAAGAGAAAAGGUGUGGAGAGUUCAACAUGUUCCACAUGAUGGCCGUGGGGCUUAGCAGUUCCAUCCUUGGCUGCCUCCUCACACUGCUUGUCUACACCUACUGCCAGAGGUACCAGCAGCAGUCCCAUGAUGCAACUGUCAUCCACCCUGUCUCUCCCGCCGCCCUCAACAGCAGCAUAACUAACCACAUCAACAAACUGGACAAAUAUGACUCCGUGGAGGCCAUCAAGGCAUUUAACAAAAACAACUUGAUCCUAGAGGAGAGAAACAAAUACUUCAACCCACAUCUCACUGGGAAGACCUAUUCCAACGCCUACUUUACAGAUCUCAACAAUUAUGAUGAAUACUAGCAGCUCUUAUACUUUGGGCUCGUUGUGAACUCGCUGCUCCUCAAAACCGUGCUCCAUGGCUGCCCAUAUUUCUGAGGCUUCGGAGAUGACGUGUGGAACCAUUUCAAGUGCAUUUCAAACCAGGACUUUCCCAUCGCUACCAAAAAAGCACACCCUUAAUUGCCUAAAUGUGGUGUUGUGAAAAUCUGGUCUAUAGAAAACAUUUGGUUGUUGCAAAGUGAGCCAUGGUAUGACAUUUUGUAUUGUGCUCAUCCUAAACUCUAACUGGUCUACUGUUUUUCAGGAGUUUUAUUUCAUAAAUGUGCCAACCAUAUUGAAAAAUAUCUUUGGAAACAUAGCAUCGUCAUGCUUUUGAGUGUAAAGGGUCAGGAUGUUUUAGCUUGGAAACAAACAAAUAACCAGGCACUCUAAUCUGGAAGAUGCCCCCCCACCCCACCCUCACACACACACACACACACACACACACACACACACACACACACAAGCACAAUCCACCAAAUGAAGGUGUAGCUAACGCCAACUCCCCCAACCUGGUGACUCUCUAGGUUCUUGGAAACAGCUUGUUUGCACUUGGAGUGAUUCUGCCCAGGGAUUCCACCUGCCCUGGAGCUGCCGAGUCAUGGUCUACUGAGACCCACUGCUUUGGUCUGGGGCAGUGAUUGUCAUCACUGUUUGGUGAACACAUGAAGCAGAGAGCAGCGAGUGAGACUCACAGCAGUGUUCUGCAGCUUGCAGUGAAACUAACCUUACUCUAAGUUUUGGAUUCCAUGUCAUCCCAGGAAGCUCCUUGCCAUGCUGUGGGCCUGAAGACCAACUUCCUGGGCAGUGAGCUUCCUGGCAGAGGAGCCAGUCUAAGCAUUUGGGUAGACUCCACACCCUUUCCUCCCUCCCUCCGUGAGGAGAAAAUUCUUCAACAUUUAUGAUGGAAAAAUAAUGAAAGUACCAAACUAUAAUUGAAAGCAACUUUUAAAAAUUUUUGUGUGUUAUGCAGUGUUUAAUUAACUGAUGUAAUUGAAAGCUACUUUUUUAUUUUUUAUUUUUUUGUGUUAUGCAGUGCUGUUAAUGGCUUUCUUGUAUACUUAGCAUCUCUGAUGUGGCUAAUGUGCAGCAAGGCCCCUAUCAAGAGCAUUAAAGGUGUGUAAAGCUGUUCCUCAGUGCAGUCACACUGGAGUGGCACUCCAGUACCAUGGUCUCAUUUGUCCCCUCCUGCCCCAAGACCAGAGGAGGGAAAGGCUCUGGUGUGCUUUACCUCAGUUGCUGCCUUCCUUGCCCUCCAGCUUACUGAGUCCAACUUCUGCUCUAAGACAGUAGCUGUCAAGAUGGACCAUGCGAGAUAAUGGAGGAGAAGGUCAGGGUUUUGGUGACCCUUCUCUCUCAUCCUAAUGGUUGAAUGUUCAAAGGCUACUCUUGAGGUCCUCAGAGGAGUAUAAAGUGGUUAGCAGCUGAUCUAAUGCUUUUUAAAGGUGAAGACAAAUGGUUUGUCUGUACCAAUGGUCACUAUGAUAAAGGCCUGAGUAGGUAGUCAUAUGUGUUCUUAUGGAUAUAUAAACUUUCAUGCCUAUGCAGAUAUAGAGCACAGGGAGUGAAGAUUACAGAUUUUUUAUGAGUAUAUGUUUUCCCCCAUGGAAUAUAAAGAAGCAAUCUCAGAACACAUUCCAAAAAAUCUUAUGAUUAAUCACAAAUUAUUCUCCUAUAAACACAUUUUUCCAGACAUAACUCUGUAUUAAAAUUGAAAUUAAAACAGCAGAUGGGCUCUGGGAGAUGUGUCAGAUUGUGAAGAAAUGGCAUAUGGGAAUAUCGGAGUGGGACAUUGUGUGGCAUUUCACACACUCUUCUGCAGUGUACAAGGCCUCCAUUGCACACACAUUUUUAAAAUCCUCACUCACCAGACAGAAUGUGUCAGAUGAUUUAUUCAUUGUCUCUAGGGUAGAUUUUUAGUGGAUGCUUCAACUCAUCUCAUUACUUCCUUUUAAGAAAAGAAUAAAUCCUCCUGGCAUAGCACUAUUUUACUGUUUUAAAAAUAAUCUCCCCUUCUUGAAUAUUUCUCUAGUUUAAAAGGUCACUUUCUUUCCCCUGGGAAGAAGAGUACAAAUAUUUCAAGAACGUAUGGCUACACUUGAUAGGAAAUGCUUUCUAAAUGACCUGUAAUCUGGCCUUCAUCAAUUUGAUAUAGUAACCCCACCCCAGAGUUUGAAAUAAGACAGUUUUCUGAUAUUAGUAUUGCUUUUUUAAAGUCUCAUUUUUGAGUGCCUCCUUCUAUGUUCAAAUCCCCACCUCCAACCACCACGGGUCCCUUGCUCUUAUUUUGCUGAACAAUUGGAGCAAUUCCUUAGAAAUGCCUUGAGCUAUAUUCUGUUUUCCACUACCUGCUGUGUGGCUUAUUUUCUGGAGGUGUACAGCUGCAGCUCCUGGUGCAGUGUAUGCCACACUCCAGACCUUUCACUGGCACAUCACAAACACAUGCAUACCACACAUGCAUACACACACACACACACACACACACACACACACAAAACUUAAUUUCUAGUGUUAGGGUUCAAUUUUGUCUGGUUUUCAUUAGGAAACUGGCUUCAGUCACACACUUCCAUUCAUCAGAAGAUGGUCUCGAUGUUGUCUAGGGUCCUCUCUCUGAUUAGACUGUCAUCAAUCCUUCUAUAUGCUGACAUUCUGCAGAAAAAAAGAAGAGAAUUUUUGCACACUGUAUAGCCAGAAGUAUUUCCGAAUACCCUGGGGACUUUCUUGGAACUGAGGGCUCUGUCACCACUGACUGAAGCUACCUCAGUGAGUCCUAAGAAACUCUGGGACAUUGGGUGGAACUCUGCUUCACAGAAAAACCUCUGACAUCAUAGCCCUAGACUUUUUCUUCAAAACCAUCCAGUGCAAGCUAGACACCUUUAUGCCUCUGCCCCUUAAGACUUACUCAUAGCACCUUAGCAUCUUUGUCCUGUUGGAUGCAUCAAAAUGCAUAUUAAGUAGAUUCUACCUGACAUUAACAUGUAUGUUGAUGGAAGAGAAGAGGGUUUCUUGAGUUCAUGAUGGAGUGACAGAGACACUAAAGGAAUUUAAGAGAAGCCAUAAACUGAAUGGCUGUGAUGGCAUCUGCUAUGGAGAUGUCUUUGUCCCUAAGAAGGAUCAAUCCAUGUGUUUGAUCUGGACCCUGUUGACUCACAGGUAAUACAGAAGAGGAAAAAAAAAAAGAUGUAGAAUGUGAUAUGAAAAGGCAAGGGUCAUGUUAUUCUCUGCUGAUUAUGCUGCUGCGUGCCCUCUGGUAAGGAUCUGGCCCACAACCAAGUAUUGGGUUCUCGCAUUUGGACACAUCCGUAAUCAAGUGUCCUGGGUGCAGAGGUCUUAGUCAAGGGCAUCGUUAUCUCCUUAUUUAUCUACAAAGGAAUGAAAACCACCAGUGUUGACUGACCCUCCAUGUCAGCAAAUGUUCCACUUUAAUCAUUGAUGGAAUCAAGUCUUGCCUUCAAUACUGUAGGCAAUUUCUCAUCAAAGGGGAUUCCACCUAUGGACUAUAUUGUUAUGUGGUUGAAUAACUCAAGAGAUGUUAUCCUAAAGAUACAUCAGACUCGCACUCUGUCAGUUUGCCUAAGCUCAGCCUACUGUUAUUUGAAUUUGGAUAUAUCCACAUGUAUCUUUUCUGAAUAUUUUUCCCUUUUUGAAUAAACCACAAAUAUUUCCCCAACAGAUCAAGCCAAAUUCCUCAUCAGUUUUUCCCCAGAGUCAUCAACUUUUUAAACUUUUCCUAGACUCAUUGGUGGGCCGUUCAAGUUUUAAAUCACACUUUGGAGUACACUAAGUUCAGUGCUACUGUGUCAAAAGACAGUUGGGGAGCUCCACCUGGAAGUAGCAGACACCAUGUACCAAUGGGUGGUACAGCAAACUGUGUCAGCAUUAAAUCAUCUGGUGACAGGUUAUGUCCAAGUCUCCUGGCUCAAAAACAUCAGUUUCCAUGGAGAUGUCAAAACAGUGCACUUAGACUCCUUUUCAAGUUCUCUGAUAUCUUUUUAGAGUCUAAAGAUGGAACUGAGCAUGCCCAGUUCAUCCAUUCAUUCUUACUACUUCAUGGAGCAUCUAGAGACUUACGCUAAUACACCAUUGUCAAGAUUCCCAAGCCUGUUAGUACCAUGGGUAUGUGAUACUGUCUUCUAGCAGUUACUGCAGAGCAUUGUGGGUACUCUGCUUCUUUGGGAAAUGAAUAUAAAAUGGGAAAACUUAAUGUUCUUAUUAACCUAAGAGACAUACCACAGGGAAUGCUGUGUGAGAGAUUACUGACCAGAGCCUAGGGAUUGUUUAAUCUCUGCAGCUUAUCUUUCCAGUUGUUAUCAUUAAUUAAAGUGAUGUAAGGAGAUUUUCCCAGCUCUAUACAUACUAACCUAUGGUCCUGAGGUCGUCUCUCUAGAUAAUCGUAUGAAAUGAAGGAAAUAUGCCACUUUCCAGUUUGCUACGGCUCCUUUUAGGGAACAAAAAUCCUGUGGAUUAUUAAUGUACACAUUGAACUAUUGAUAGAAGUUGCGAAAGUUUCUCUUCCUUGUAGAUUUCGUAUCAUAAUGCUGCAUUAUCAGAAAUUUGAUACACGUUGCUGAAGCAACAUGGAAACCUGUCUCUUAAAAUAGCUCAAGCUGCAAAGACUGUGUGCAGUCUCCUGGAUACCAAAUUCAGAGCCUGGUGCAAAUAGUAUAGCUCAUAAUAAAAGCUUAGCCUGAAACAUGAUCUCUUUGAAAGAUGAUGUCCUGCCAUUUAUGCUUAAUAUCCAUGACCUGAGCCUAUAUCAACUCUGUUCCCAAGCAUUUCACUGUACCUGUAACUAAAUUGAUCAAGGAUACUCUUUGAUCAGAAAGAGAAAAGCAGCAAUAGGGAAUCACUAAAAUGCAAAAAAGGCAGGAAAAUCUUCACCCCUUCAUAAUCCAUCAAGGACCUAAAACCAGUAGAUUAGCCAUAAUUCUCAUCUUUAUCUGCUUCUUGGGAAUUUAAUACCGACAGGUUCCAAUUUUAGACAAAUACAAGCGAAACGAAAAGCCUAGGCUCUGUUAAGCAAAACUGUCCUUCCAUCAAGAUGAUAAAGGAGGCCUGUUAUCUGCAGAAGGUGUUAAUGACCUUCUUGUACAAAGUUGCUAGUGCCUUUAAUAAGCUGUGUGCUGUUGCUCUUCCGGGUUAUUGAUUGUUCCAAUUAGAAGCCAUGCCUUGGUUGUAUAGACUUUGAGGAAGUCUACUCUGUGUGUCGUCUCUUUGAACUCAGGAACAGGAAAUGGGAGAAACGUCUCGUGUUCAAGUGUGGUUUUGCUCUCAAAACGGAUCAAGAGUGUGUUGUGUCCAGAUGAAGUGACCCUGUUCCAGCCUGUAAGAAACUGAUGUUACUUUAAUUUUUUACAUCUUCAUGGAACUUUAUUAGAGUCAGCUCUGUUUCUGCAGAAGUCAAUGGGUGUUUCUGUUGCUCUUCAUGCACGGACAUGGGUAUGAGGGAAACAGAUGCAGGCUACUUAUAGUGACACACAUUGUGAAGUGAGAACCAACUAGAACAUCAUUUGGGCUGUUUUGUCAUAUUUUGCAAAUCCAGUAUCAGAACUGCUCAAAAGUUCACAAAAUUAUUACUUUUCACCUAGGUUUAAAACAUUAGUAGUGUGUCCUGUGCUGACCACUGAUCUCUUACACUGUUACUGUGGACUCAAAGCAGCUGAUAGAUCUGCUUCCAAAGCAUGCACAGUGGGAUUCUCCAACCACUGAAUCACCAUGAUAUUCACCUCAUCUGCCAAUAAGAUGCACCAGCUUUUCCCAGUGUAAGAUUCUGCAGAACCUGUGACCACGUGGUUUUGACUUUAUACCUGCUACGUUUCUUUGCCUGUUUUGUGAUAGAAAAUAAAAUUGUUUGGGAUUGUCUAUUCAUUGAAAUUUCUUCUAGGCCAACUUCAGCCCUUGGUAAACUUGCAGGCUUUUACGGAUCUUAAGAUUAAAACUUCAAAGGCAAUAUAUAUUAGUUACCACAGAGCCAUUUCAAGAGUGAAAUAGCUCUGUAUUUCCCUGACAGUCUUCUGAAAGAACAGCCACUUGGUUCUGAGUGGGAUUGUUGCUGGCUGGUGAGUGUUCUCUCCCUGGUGCAACCCACACUAUUAAGCCCCUAUGUUUGGCUGUCAGUACUUGCCCUGAAGUCUCGAUAGCCAUGUGCAUUGGGAUUUUCUGCAGCUAUCAUUUUUCUGUUUCACUCAUUUACCCACUGGAUUGAUAUUCUUCCUGAGAGCUGGCCAGGCCCUUACCUCAAAUUGUGCUUAAUGACACCUGGCAGAUAUCUUGUUUUCAGAAAUCAGUUUAAGACCCUAAUUAUGUCAACCCAGGCAGGGAACUAAUUCUGUCUUUCAUGGAACCAAUUAUGGAAGUUCCAAAAAGGGGUGGGCAGGGACACUUCCCAACCAAUCAACCAAACCAAACUCACACCUGUCUAACCAGACAUUAAUAAGAAUGAACCAUUGUUACAGCAAUGGAAAUGUUUCCUUGUAUCUGCCCUAGGCACAUUCCAGGAUCAAUGUCUCCACCUUCCUCAUCACGUUUAACAAUGAAGUCAUAAAAUGGUCCUGCAUUUUGCCAAGAGCACAGAAUUGCUCCUCUCUUAGACCUCCUUCUCCAUCCCACUCAUCAUCUCUCUGCCAACAUUUUGUGGAAACUAAAAGAAUCCUAAUUAUGUACAGAUAAAAAUUGUAUUAUAUUUUUUGUACUUAAUGUUUUGUGUAAAUAGUUUGCCUUGUUCAGUUGUAUGUGAGUAUUGAAAUAAACCCUGCCAUUU